AUGGGUAAUAUUAAAGAGUUGUUUAUUUUUUUUUGCCUUUUGUCUGUUGUUUUUCCUUUAAUUUAUUGUGAAAAAAAUAAUGAAAAAAAAAUUCAUUUCAAAAUAGAGUUACUUGAUAACGAUUUUCUACUAUCAAAUGAUCACUUAAAGAAAGAAAAAAACAUAUUUCAAAGUGGAAAUAAAUUAAAAAUAAAAACCUUUGAAAAAAUUCAAGGAAAUGUUCUUGAGAGAGCCAUAGUUGUAGAACAAGUGAACAAACUAAAAAGUGGAAAUGUGGAGGAAAAUGGUAUAAGCUUAGAGGAUUCAAGUGAUGAUAAUACAGGCUCGAAUAAUGACGUAAACAAAAAUAAAAUGAAAGUUAUUUCAUCUGAAGAAUCCGUAGAAAAUGAUAUUCAUAUGUUACGUAAGGUUUAUCAAAAAACAUUGCCGGAUAUAACGACGACUUAUUGUUAUAUUAGAUACACAUUUAAUCUUAAUUUAGAGAAAUUAAGUGAAAGUAAUAAAAGUGAGAUAUUUAAAGGAAUAAAUAACAGUUUAGAUUAUACAUCUUUUUUACCAAAAGAUAAAAUGAACGUUACAGAAUCCAUACUAGAAAAUGAAUAUACAAAUAUAGAUAAAUCCGAGGGUUCUAAUGGUUCUAUUAUAUCAAACUUGGAACUAAUAAAUGGUGAUAUCGAGACGGAAAAUACCAACGAAGAAUACAUUAAAACAGUUGAUGAUAUUAUUGACUAUUUUGAUGAUAAUAAUGAUACGUUGAGUAUACCGAUACCUAUUAAAAAUAAAUUAAUAAGUGAAAAAAAAAACCUAAUCGAAUAUAAUCAGUCCAAAAACUACGAAGAUCCUGAAAUAAACAAAGAGCAUAUGGAAACUAUUGGAUUUUAUGAAAUGCUAAAAAUGUUAAAAAAUUCUUUUUUUAUGACAAAAAACCUAAAAAGUUUAUCACAAAAUAUAAAUGAGAAAAAAGAUAAUAAAAUCGAUAUUGAAAAAGAUAUUGAUGGCAUUUUUAUAAAUUCAAUUAUUAAUAUAUUUGGCUGUUAUGACACGUUGAAAAAAAAUAAUAAAAUAGAUUCUAUUUUCAUGAGUAUUGAAAAUAAAAAUAAUAUAAACAGAUAUGCUGAAAUACAUGAUCAUAAUUUUUCUAAUAAGUCACCUAGACGCGACAUGUUGAAUGAAAGUUUUAUAAAUAUUAAUGAAGAUGACGGAGAAUGCGAAUCCUUUUUAAAAUCAAUUUUACAAAAUAAAAUAUUUGAAAAUGAUUCAAGAGCUUCAGAGAACGAACAAAACAUGAGUUUUGAUACGGAAAUGGGUAACCAAGAAGGUACUGAAGAAAAUUAUUUAAAAUCAGGCGAUUCAUUUGAUAAUAGUUCAAAUAUAAAUAUACUUAAACCAAGUGUUAGAAAAUUAUACAAUACUCCUAGCAAUUUCGAUUACAAUAACAAUGAUAAUACAGAAGAAUUAAGUUCCAUGGAAGGAAUACAUACUGAUUUAGGCGAUAUUGAAUCAUUUGCAGAAAUAUCUGAUAAACUGAGAAAUUGUGAUAUAUUCGACGAGAGUGAUGGAAAUGAUGAUGAUAAUAGUGAUGAAGGUGAGGAUUAUAAUGAUGAAGGUAAGGAUUAUAAUGAUGUAGAUGAGGAUUAUAAUGAUGUAGAUGAGGAUUAUAAUGAUGUAGAUGAGGAUUAUAAUGAUGUAGAUGAUGAUUAUAGUGAUGAAGAUGAAGAUUAUAAUGAUGUAGAUGAGGAUUAUAAUGAUGAAGAUGAAGAUUAUAGUGAUGAAGAUGAGGAUUAUAAUGAUGUAGAUGAGGAUUAUAGUGAUGAAGAUGAGGAUUAUAAUGAUGUAGAUGAGGAUUAUAGUGAUGUAGAUGAGGAUUAUAAUGAUGUAGAUGAGGAUUAUAGUGAUGUAGAUGAGGAUUAUAGUGAUGAAGAUGAAGAUUAUAAUGAUGUAGAUGAGGAUUAUAAUGAUGUAGAUGAGGAUUAUAGUGAUGUAGAUGAGGAUUAUAGUGAUGAAGAUGAAGAUUAUAAUGAUGUAGAUGAGGAUUAUAAUGAUGAAGAUGACGAAAAUGACGAUAUUUCUUGGGAUGAUAAUUCCGACAAUGGUGUAUUUGCAAGAGAAUACGUAGAUAAAAAUAAUAUGAAUAGGAGGAUGGAUUACGAUGGUUAUAAUAAGAAUGGUAAUUUUGUCGAAGAUGAAAAUGACGCUAUAAAUCGCACUGAAGAAAUUGGAAUAGAAGAUGUUGUAGGUGCCUUAUUAAGAGUAGGCACAAAAAAAAUAAAAGGUUUAGGAAAAACUGAUACUGCAAAAAAAAUUAAAAAAAAUAUGAGUAUUAGUAAUUUAUCAGGAAAAGUUAAUGGAAUUAUGGGAAACAUUAAGAAUGCAGCAAAAAAGACUAUUAGUAAGCCCCAAAAGGAAAUUUCAAAUAGUAUUAAUAAUAUUAAAAGACAUGGGGAAAAUAUAGUUGAUCAAACUAAAAGGGAAAUAAAAAAAAAUACAAAUAAUAUUAAAGUAAGUACAAUAAAUGGAAUGAAUAAUAUUAAAAACCAAGCAACACAAGGUAUUAAUAAACUAAAGAAUGGCAUGAAAAAGAAUGUUAAUGUAAUGAAGGAAAAAAGUAAAAGCUUUUCUGAUAAAGCUACAAACGCAGGGAAAAGUAGCAUUAAUCAACUUAAAAAUAAAGCUAAAAAUGGAAUUAAGAAUGUUAAAAAAGGCGGAAAUAAAAUUGCUAAUAAAGUAGUGAAAGGAAGUAAAGAUACUGUAAAUAAACUUGAAAAUAAAGCAAAAAAGGGGGUUGAAACAGUUAAAGAAAAAACAGAAAAUGCCAUAGAUCGAGUUGCAAAAGUAAUAAAGGAUGGCGCAAAUAAACUUGAACAAGAAGCAAAAAAGGGAGUUGAAGCAGUUAAAGUAAAAACUGAAAAUGCUGUAGACAAAGUUACUAAGACUGCAAAAGAUAAUGGAGAUAAACUUAAAAAAGAAGCAAAAAAGGGAGUUGAAGCAGUUAAAGUAAAAACUGAAAAUGCUGUAGACAAAGUUACUAAGACUGCAAAAGAUAAUGGAGAUAAACUUAAAAAAGAAGCAAAAAAGGGAGUUGAAGCAGUUAAAGUAAAAACUGAAAAUGCUGUAGACAAAGUUACUAAGACUGCAAAAGAUAAUGGAGAUAAACUUAAAAAAGAAGCAAAAAAGGGAGUUGAAGCAGUUAAAGUAAAAACCGAAAAUGCUGUAGAUAAAGCUGUAAAAGUAGUGAAGGAUGGUGCAAAUAAACUUGAAAAUGAAACAAAAAAGGGAGUUGAAGCAGUUAAAGUAAAAACCGAAAAUGCUGUAGAUAAAGCUGUAAAAGUAGUGAAGGAUGGUGCAAAUAAACUUGAAAAUGAAGCAAAAAAAGUGGUUAAAGAAAUUAAGACAAAAGGUGAUAAGAUUAUAGAUAAUGGUGAAAAAUAUGCAAAAAAUAUCACGGGAAAAGUUUUGACUGAAACAAAAAAUACUGUAGAAAAUAUUACAAAAGAAGUGGAAAAAGGAAUAAAGGAUAACAAAACAGGAAUUAAAGCUUCUAGCACAAAUUUAGAGAAUAAUAAAAAUGGUGGUAUAAAUAAAACUAAUGAAGGAUUAAAUAAAGAAAAAAAUAGCACAAAAACAAAGGAUGUAUUACCUGCAUCCCCCAAAAAAGGUGCUAAAAGUACCCCAGUAAAUAAAAACUCCAAUAGUAAAACAUCCUUAUUAAGUAUAUCUGAUGACAUCAAUGAAGAAUCCUUAAAUAAAGAAAAUAUAAAAAAAGAAAUAAAUAAAAUUGAUAAAGAAUACAAAAAAUUGAAAAAAAUGGAAAAAAAAUUAAAUGAAGAAUUAAAGAACCCCUCUCCUUCAGACACACAAAUAAUUCAUGAAUUUGAUGAAUAUGAAAAAACAGUUGAAAAGAAAAAUAAAAAAUUAUAA